AUGACCGUCGAACUCAUCAAGAAGUAUCCUCAUCUUGUGCAGCAGUAUAUGCGCCCCAAGCCAAAAGGUGCAUCCAUCACGCGUCUUCCUGGUGAGCGGGAUCCUGUUGUGGUGAUAGGUGGCGCUCGUCUGCGCGCAUCUGCGGUGCUUGAUCUUACCUGGAUCAAUUACCUGCGCCACGAGGACAUUACGAGCUACGAGGCGACAACGAUCUCGCCCGCAAGCGCGCCGUCGCUGCUCAAAGCGCUGCUGUCUUGCAGAGUCGGCUCUUUGCAGAACUUUGCUUCGGCAUACAACCUCCAAAUCGAAAGUCACUUCGACGUCAAGCAGGCUGACUCCAAGGAAGAGACUACCAAGAAAGUGGAUCAUCCGGUGGAUAAGCACACUGCGGCCAACUCAAAGUCAUCCAGCAAUCCACUUCCGGUGAUCUCCUUCGAGGACGUGGCGGAAUUGAAGGACAAGGGUGCAGAGACCAGUAGCCUUGACAGCAGACGGCAUGGUAGUGCCUCAGCAGCAGAGAAGCCUCGUACCGUUCGUGACGGACGAGCCGAUACAUCCGAGACACCGCCAAAGAAGACAGGAGAAGCAUCCACGGCAGAGCAAACAGCCGAUGCUAAUGCAGAAGAAGGCAUGGUUCACGCCGCGACCGCCAAAUCUGCUGGACACAGCAAGGAUGGCGAGGCUGCGCCCAGGCCGAUCGCAUCGAGUGAUACACAACAGAGCAUUGCGAACACAAACUGGCAGGCACCAGACAAGCCAGUGCAAAGACAGGCAGUGUCUACAGCCCAGAAGCAGUCGAGCUUGCCAUCUAUGCAGGGUAGUGAGACUCUCGGCGGUAUCUUCAGGAGACCAAUGGCGCCGAACACCUCCCUUCCCUCUGGUGGUACAAGUAGUGCAGCAAUGUCGGGACUUGCAUCGGUUACCAGGAAGGGGCUGGAGCUUGAUGGCGUGACAGAUCCUGAACUCAACACGCGAUCCGUGGAUGACGGCAGGAUCGCAGCGAGACUCGAUCGUGAGCGCAACAUCAUUGGUACGCGAACUAGCGCUACUCCAGGUCGCGACUCCUUCGACAGGCAGCAAAACUUCCGGGAUCAGCGAGCAAACCCCCGGCCGAGAGAUCAAGAGCAAACGACCAGAGGAUAUGUAGGCGAGGGCAGCAGUUACCGACCAAACUACUCCGUGAGAACACCCACGGGGGAUGUGUUUGAUCCGCGAGUCGGCAGACAUGACUCCCGUCCCGAUGGCAGAGACCAUGGUGGUGAGCAACGUGAGCAACGCGGCGAGCGACGAGGAGGUGGUUCAACGCAAGGCGACGAGCGCGAGGGAGGCUCUAAUGGCAAGCGCCGCGGCCAUUCCGACGACGAUGGCGACCACAGCUACGAGGGACAGUCCAAGGAAAGCAAGGAUGGGCGCAAGAAGGCCAAGCUUGAAUCGCAGUCGAGUUUCAGCGGUCAGAGCGAGAGGGAUGGCAACAAGCGUCAUCCACCCGGUGAUGGACGCAGGGGAAGGACAGAAGGCUGGGGCUUGAGGCGAACGUCCUGGCUGCUGAUCGAAUGUUUGAAGGCACUAGAAGGAUGUGUAAGCGUAUGA